GAUAGUACUACUUAAUCCAUCAGAGAAUCGGACGAACAUAAAACAAUUUGUAUGAUAAGGAGAAUCUACACAUUUCAUACAGUAAUAGUUUUUUAUGUAUAGUCCUGCCUCUCUGGCAUCAUCGUUCUUCUUUCCCAAGCAAAAGAAGAGUUUAGAGUCUGUGCUCAAUUUUCUAUUUUCUUUUAAAAUUUUAUCAUUCAAAGCUUGACUCGCCUCCAGAAUCGACCGUUAAAGAUUUAGAAUUGCUUCUGGUUUCAGUUGGCUACUCAGAAUUUUGUAGAUAUCCACUUUUGGACUAUGUGAGAACCCCUCGUUUGCUUAGUUUCUAUAAUGGCUGGAAUUAGGCUUUCAAGACUUAGGUCACUUUUGAAUUCCUUAUAUUCAUCUUCAAAACCAACAUCAUUGCCAUCAUACAAUUCAUACUUGAAACUUACAAGAAUUGCUGAUCAAAACUAUGUUAGGCCAUUUUAUGCUUCUUUCGAUAGUUUUUACAACAAAAGAGAAUCCCAAUCUGCUGCAAAGGUUAUGAAUACCCAUAUUAAGGUUUUGGUGUCUGAUUCUUUGGCUGAUACCUGUUUCCAUAAAACCAAUCCCAUGCCUGCAUUAUACUCAACUUCAUCAACUUUGCGUUUCCGAAGUGUGUUUCCUUUUGUUUCGAUAAGUCCGGUGUUGAGACAUCAGUCAUGCUCCCUGUCUUUCAGUAGCAAGGCAGAUAAAUCUGUGGAAUCUGAAGUUUCAGCUGCUUCUGGUGGAGGGGAAGUAGAUGUUAGUAAUAGUGGUGUUAUUGCCAGUGAUUGGGUUGAUAAAGUCAAAGAUGCCUGGCAUAAUGCUGUGGAUGCAAUAGGUUAUACUGGGCAAAAGGCUAAAGAAGCCUCUAUCGAACUGAAGCCACAUCUUGAACAGUUGCUUGAUGCCCAUCCGUAUCUUAAAGAUGUGGUUGUUCCAGUUGGUUUUACUUUGACUGCCACUGUAUUGGCUUGGGUGGUCUUGCCCAGGCUUUUGAGAAGAUUUCACAAUUAUGCAAUGCAAACUUCAGUCCUGCCAUCUGUAAGCUUACUUGGGGAUCAAGUGCCCUAUGAGAAAGGCUUCUGGGGAGCUUUGGAGGAUCCAGUGAGAUAUCUAAUUACCUUCAUGGCAUUCUCUCAAAUUGGCAUGAUGGUUGCACCAACUACUAUUGCAUCACAAUACAUUGCCCAGGCAUGGAGGGGUGCAGCCAUCCUUUCAUUUGUCUGGUUUUUGCAUCGUUGGAAAACAAAUGUACUUGGUCGUGCACUGGCUGCUCAGAAUUUAGCAGGGAUUGAUAGGGAGAAGUUGUUAGCCAUGGACAAGUUUUCAUCUGUUGGCUUAUUUGUUAUUGGGUUAAUGGCUUUAGCAGAGGCAUGUGGUGUAGCUGUGCAAUCUGUUCUGACAGUUGGUGGCAUAGGAGGAGUGGCUACUGCUUUUGCUGCCAGGGACAUCCUUGGAAAUGUGCUCAGUGGAUUGUCUAUGCAGUUUUGGAAACCUUUUUCAUUGGGUGAUACAAUAAAGGCAGGAUCUAUAGAAGGUCAGGUGGUGGAAAUGGGAUUUACAAGCACAACAUUACUUAAUGCUGAGAAAUUUCCAGUUUUGGUUCCAAACUCACUCUUCUCCAGUCAGGUUAUCGUGAACAAGUCACGAGCCCAAUGGCGUGCAGUGGUGACCAAAAUUCCCUUGCAAAUUGAAGAUCUGGACAAGAUUCCUGAGAUAUCAAAUGACAUCAAGAGCAUGCUGUGGUCAAACUCAAAAGUUUUUUUGGGAAAGGAAGCCCCUUACUGUUUCCUGUCUUAUAUAGAAAGUUCUUAUGCAGAACUAACUGUUGGAUGCAAUAUAAAAAUAUGGUACUGUCUCUUCCUCAGUUCUUUUUUCGGAUGUAUCUUUUAUGGGCUAGGUCUACCAUUGUUAUUUUAUCAGAUGCCCAGUUGAUCUCAAAGUGUCCCUGAUAGUUGUGAGUUUCAUAUUAAAACAUUAAAACUGAAUCCCACCGGAUAAAAUCGAUGUGAAAAUAUGAUUUGCAUAUGCUGAAUAAUGAAUUUAAAAGACAUGGCCCUCAACCUUGUGUUGCUGAUAUUGUUUUCCUCUUUUGUGAUUCUGUUGGAAUGCCUGAUGCUCGGUAGUGUCUUCUUUUCUAAAAUUAAUCAUUUUUAAAUCUUACUUCUGUUUGACUAUCAUUUCACUGAUAUCCAUAUUGGUGUUUGA